GCGUUGCUGCUGCUGUAAGUUGUACUCGUAUGCAAACCGCUAAAAAACGGCCGUAUUGGCAAAAGUUAGACCAGUGCUGACUGCUGAGUAAUCAGCGGCAUAAUGGGCAAGAGUUCUAGGCGUCCUUUUGGAGGCAUUAGUCUCUUAGAAACCGACGUUAUUUUUAUCUUUUGGAAUGGGUAACGGAGUGGCGCGAGAGUCCGGUACAGUUGUUACAAUUGGAAGCGACUGCCAGUAUCUGUACACACAUACGGACUUCAUCGGGAGCGGAUCAUUUGGCAAUGUCUAUAAGGCGAAAAUAACACAACGGAAUAAUUACACAGGUCCUGAUGAGGUGGCGGUCAAAGUAAUUCACUUUAGUGUGCAGUCUGACGCGUUUGCCGAUGAGGAGAGCUGGGUAAAGUUAUACGAAGGCUGAAAAGGCUUAUUGGGCUGGAUCAUCAGAAUCUUGUACCUUAUCACAGUGUCCGCAUUACCACCGCUUCCGGUGGGGCAAUAGUCGAACUGAUGAUGAACUGCUAUGGUGGUGAGCCAAAGAUUAAUGACUUUUGAAUGCUUGUUUCAAUUUUGGAAGUGCUUUCUGGUUGCGGAGACAGUAAGCAGUGAUCUUGCUUCUGUCUUGAAGAAAGCCACAGAAAAUGGAGCUCUUACAGAUAACUAUGGAAAAGUUAUUCGCUACGCCAAGGAUAUAACCCGAGGAUUAGCUUUUCUUCACUAUUACGGCAUAAUUCAUGGCGACCAGAAACCGGGAAAUAUUUUAGUCAAAGGCUCAUCAGAAAAUAGUGAAUGGCUUUUAAUCGGUGAUCUGGACGAUUUAGUGCAAAUGCAAGAAAGCGCCACAUGUUCUGGCGACAUCUCGCAGUUACGCGGUACAACCCGCUACAUGUCACCGGACAUGCUGAAAAAAUUUGCAAAAUUGUUGACCGAAGCACCAGGACGAAAGACCGAUGUCUGGAGUCUGGGAUGCAUUAUUUUAGAAUUGGUGGAAUGCGUUCAGGGAAUCCAUGAAAAGCAACUGAUAAGUGAGGGACAGACGGUCGUUAUUGGGAAAGAUGUUUCGGGCUAUCAAUUCGGUAAAAUGAUAAUUGAACGUUAUGCUCCGUUUGUCAAUGGUGGUAUACCAAAAGUUUUGGCGCAUUACAUUCGUCAGUGCCUGCGUCUUGACGUGAAGAGGCGAAUCUGUGCAGAGUGCCUUCUAAACGAGUUGCAGUAUUAUAAAUUAAUUGCGUUUGUCCGCUACGAAGUCCACGAAAUCCCGAAGAUAGUGAUAUUCGAUCCGUUAACCAAUACUGUACGUGCUCAUCGGGAAUGUCAUAUCACGCCUUUGCAGCCAUUAAGUAGUCCUACCAUAGCGGCAACGGGCAGGGAAGUAAUGUUUUAUACUGUGUGCCGUAAGCUGCACUUCUGGAAUGUGGGAGACAAAACGGUACGCGAAUUAGAAACGUCUUUUGAGUUGCGAUCGUCGUUCGAAUGUCCUGUUGUGGUGAACAAAUUUUUAUACUACUGGGAUGGCGCUCGGUAUUUCAUGGAAGCUGACAUCGUAACUGGCAGCAAAAAGCCACUAGAAAUUAACCCUGCUGCUCAAAACCGGUUUGGAAGCCAUAGAGGAGCCGUGGCCAAGUACGGAAACAAAAUCUUUUAUACUGCCAAUUUCAAAAAGCAGUCGACGUGCCUGGAAUGUUAUGAUACCGUAACCGGAGAAUGGAAGCCGUUGCCAGACAUACCAGGAAAACGAAUAUGGUUCGCUAUGGCUGUGGUGGACGGGCACGUGUACAUCGUCGGUGGACAAAACUCCUGCAAAUCUACCGCUUCACCUACCGGUACAUCUACCGCAACAUCUGCCGGUAUGCGUUUGAACCUCGACACGGCUACCUGGCAAGAUAUACCGGCCCUGCGACAGCCGCGAUAUGACCAUUCAGCAUGCGUUAUUAAUAAACAAAUAUAUGUCUGUGGCGGCAGGAAUUCUGCAAAAGAGCACGCAUCUACAGUAGAAGUUUACGAUACCAGACGAGGCGAAGCUUGGGCAAUCGUCUCCUUGUCGCCGAAAGAUCAGGAACUGUUGCAGCGUUUGGCUAAUGGUUCUUCUGGUGUACUAACUGCGACACCAGUAGAUCGGUAACGGGUCAGGAUUAAAUACGACUCUACUGCUGUGCUGUAUUUCUGUAGCAUCAAAACUCCAUCCUACGGCGAAGGCAGAUUUUUUUUUGCUGCAUAAUAACUUUUAAUAAGUAUCAUAAUACGAGUACAAACUAACUACCAGAACAAAACUACUUUUAUAACAGAAACACUUCCUCUAUGCUAUCUGAUCGGGGAUAGCACCCAUUACACAAAUCUUGUAUCAUUGCUCUUGUUACUGUUAUGAUUGGUUUUAUUAUUGUGUGUUGCUUGGCCUAACUCAAACAUCGACGGUUCGUUGUUCAGAUUCAUAUUCGUUAGGACUGGAUUCGUGCAUGACUUCUUGUAUUAGUGCAGAAAUGUGUAACCGCGAAGCUGAAAGAGGUUUAAGAUUGCGAAACGAUUUAUUUAAGCGCAACCGAAAAUUCCCAUAGUUAGAAAACACCUGCAUUUCUUAGAAACUUUUGCUGGCAUUUGAGCUGUGAAGCUUCCGAGGGCUAUACUGCUGCAGUAACGAUAAAUUGAAUCAACGUUGUACGUACAUGU